CCGCCGCUCCGGUGCCACCGGCGCUUCCCGGCUGCCGGCGGCCGCCGCGCCCGCGUCGGAGCGUGCGCAACAGGCGGGCGCCGGCGGAGCUCGGUGAGCGCUCGCUGAGCGAGUGGCCGCGGGCGGCGAGCGAGCGCCCGCCCGCCCGGGGCCGGGCAUGUGCGGCGGGGCGGCGGGCAGGGCGCCCGGGCAAGGGCGUUUGAAGGAAACGUGAGGCGAGGCGGCGGCGGCGGGAUGGAGGCGGCGCCGCGGCGGAGCCCCGAGCCGCGGGAGAAGCCGCCGGUGCUGGACGGGGAGGCGGCGGGGGCGCCCGCGGGGGCGUCGGGCGCGGCCCCGGCCUCGCCGGCGGCGACGGAGCAGAUCGUGGCGGAGGGCGAGGCGGCGGCGGCGGGCACGUUCGUGCAGCGGCAGCUCGGGGCGAUGCUGCAGCCCGCCGUGAACAAGUUCUCGCUGCGCAUGUUCGGCAGCCACCGGGCCGUGGAGAUCGAGCGGCAACGGGUGAAGUCGGCGGGCGCCUGGAUUAUCCAUCCCUACAGCGACUUCAGGUUUUACUGGGACCUCAUCAUGCUGCUCCUGAUGGUGGGCAAUUUGAUCAUCCUGCCCGUGGGCAUCACCUUCUUCAAGGAUGAGAACACCCCUCCCUGGAUCGUUUUCAACGUGCUGUCGGACACUUUCUUCUUGGCUGACCUGGUGCUGAACUUCCGGACAGGCAUCGUGGUGGAGGACAACACGGAGAUCAUCCUCGACCCUCACACCAUCAAGAUGAAGUACUUGAAGAGCUGGUUCCUGGUGGACUUCAUCUCCUCCAUCCCUGUUGACUACAUUUUCCUCAUUGUUGACCUGGAGACCCAGGUGGACUCUGACGUCUACAAGACGGCGCGGGCGCUGCGCAUCGUGCGCUUCACCAAGAUCCUCAGCCUGCUGCGCCUGCUGCGCCUCUCGCGCCUCAUCCGCUACAUCCACCAGUGGGAGGAGAUCUUCCACAUGACGUACGACCUGGCCAGCGCCGUGGUGAGGAUCUUCAACCUCAUCGGGAUGAUGCUGCUGCUGUGCCACUGGGAUGGCUGCCUCCAGUUCCUGGUGCCCAUGCUGCAGGACUUCCCUGAGGACUGCUGGGUCUCCAAGAACCACAUGGUGAACGACUCGUGGGGCAAGCAGUACUCGCACGCCCUGUUCAAGGCCAUGAGCCACAUGCUGUGCAUCGGCUACGGGCAGCAGGCGCCCGAGGGCAUGACCGACGUGUGGCUCACCAUGCUCAGCAUGAUCGUGGGGGCCACCUGCUACGCCAUGUUCAUCGGCCACGCCACCGCCCUCAUCCAGUCCCUGGACUCGUCCCGCCGCCAGUACCAGGAGAAGUACAAGCAAGUGGAGCAGUACAUGUCAUUCCACAAGCUGCCCGGGGACACGCGCCAGCGCAUCCACGAGUACUACGAGCACCGCUACCAGGGCAAGAUGUUUGAUGAGGAGAACAUCCUGGGGGAGCUCAGUGAGCCGCUCAAAGAGGAAAUCAUCAACUUCAACUGCCGCAACCUGGUGGCCAACAUGCCCCUGUUUGCCAACGCCGACCCCAACUUUGUGACAGCCAUGCUGACCAAGCUGCGCUUCGAGGUCUUCCAGCCUGGUGACUUCAUCAUCCGUGAGGGCACCGUGGGCAAAAAGAUGUACUUCAUCCAGCACGGCGUGGUCAGCAUCCUCACCAAGGGCAACAAGGAGACCAAGCUGUCUGAUGGCUCCUACUUUGGGGAGAUCUGCCUGCUGACGCGGGGCAGGCGCACGGCCAGCGUCAGAGCCGACACCUACUGCCGCCUCUACUCCCUGGCCGUGGACAACUUCAACGAGGUGCUGGAGGAGUACCCCAUGAUGAGGAGAGCCUUCGAGACCGUGGCCAUGGACCGCCUGGACCGCAUUGGCAAGAAGAACUCCAUCCUGCUCCGCAAGCGAGCCGAGCACAGCUCGGGCCCCCUGAACACCGAGAUGAUCCAGCAGAUCGUGAAGCACGACCAGGACAUGGCCCACAACAUCCAGGACCUGCAGCAGAUGGCGAUGGGCCGGGAGCUGAGCGGCAAGCCGGUGAUUUGGGAGCCCCUGGUGCACGCACCCCUGCAGACAGCAGCCGCCACCACCAACGUGGCCAUCGCGCUGACCCACCAGCACAGCCUGCAGGCUCACAUCUUCCUGCCGCCCUCCUCCAUCUCCAGCCCGCUCUCUCCCGAGGCCACGCUGCUCACCAAGCCCGUGCGCCGCUCCCAGCCCAGCCUGGGCGGCUCCCGGCCCUCGUCGGUCAGCUCGCCCUCCGGGGCUCCGUCCCACCUGCAGACACCGGCCGCCGGUUCGCCUUCCUCGCCCAUGGUCCAGCCCCAGGUACCGCUGGAGAGCGGCGGGGCCCAGAGACCCAGCUCGGGGGCUCAGCCGCUUCCCCGCUCGGCGCAGAGGGCGGAGGUGGCAGCGGGGCCCAAGCAGCCCCCGGGCGGCCCCCAGCCCCAGCUCUCCCGCUCCCGCGGCGCCUCGGUGUCCACCUCGCUGCUGCAGCAAGCGGCGGGCGCUGCUUCCCCCAGCUCCGAGCAGGCGCUGCCGCCGGGGAGAACGCUGCACUACAGCCUGUCCCGAGCCACCGGCUCGCACAUCUCGCUCCUGAUGCAUCCCCAGCAGCUGGUGAAGCACAGGAGCAUCCAGGGGCUGCCGGUGGGGCGGCUCACCCAGGAUGUCCGGCUCCUUUCUGCCUCGCAGCCUUCCCUUCCCAACAAAGUGGCGCAGCAAGCCGACGGGAGCUCCUUGAAGCAGGGCAGGAAAUCUGCAGGGAACCUGGCCCGCAGGUCCUCGCCCUCGGUCGCCGGACUGCUGGCCAAGCCGUGCUCGGGGGUGGCCGCGCACUCGCAGCCCCCGGGGUCGCUGCCUCAGCCCGGCCGCUCCACGCCGCAGUCGCCGGGCCCCGCGUCCCGGCAGGCGGCCGCUCCCUCCCGCAAGGGCUCCGUGGCCUUCAGCCCCGAGGUGGAAACGGCGAAGCCCAAACUCCCGUCCAACAUGUGAGUCCUGUUGGCGGCCGCACGGGCAGGAGGGAGCCGGGAGAAGCAGAGCAUCAGCCCCGCCGGCUCGGAGGGAAAAUGAGGUGAGAGGCGGCAGCCGGGGCCAUGGAGGGGCUGUUUCAGGCACGGGGACACGGCAGGGAUGGGCGUGGGGACAGCUGGAUGAGGAGGGGGCUCUGCUGACUGCCUCUCCUUGCUCAUCACCGUCUGUGAGUUCUGCCCUCCUGCCGGAGGCAUAGGACAGGUCAGACUGCCCAAACUCUGGCCUCUCUGGGGAGCUCAGCUCCCCAAAACUGCCCCUCGGGGGCUGGGCCCCCCACGCUCUGUGCCGUGUGUCCCACAGCCUGUCCUCGGGGCCAGGCUGACGCUGGCAGCUCCUCCAGCUUGUCCUCUGUCACAGCAGGGGCUGCCCGAUGCCCACCUCGGUCCCCAGACUGUUCUGCCCAGCCCCUGCCCAGCCCCUUUGCCUUCAGGGAGAGGAGGCAGAGGCACCCCCUGGUUCCUCUGCCAGGGUGGAGGGAGGAGGCUGGAGCCCAUGGCAGGGGCAUGGGGGCCCAGGGGCAGCGCUCCCCCUUCCCAGAGUGCCAGGACCACCUGGGGGUCCUGGGCAGGGCUCCCCUGGUGUGACGAGUGCCAAGGGGCAGCGCUGGGGGGGGAGCAGAGGAGCAGCCCCCCAGUCCCUCUCCCCUGCUUGUGGGACCGUUUUGCCUCAGAGGUGCUGAGUGCCAGCGAGGUUGGGAUGUGCUGCUGGGCAGGGCUCUGCCCCACACCCGGGCACUGCCCAUCCACAUGCCCCCAUGGGGGCAGCCUGGGGGGAUUCUGCUGCCUGCAGCUCCAGGAGGAUGCUCAGAGGGUCAGUCCAAGGGACCCCUUUGUGGCCCUGGGAUGAUGUCCAGAAGAUCAUUUGGGAUGACCCUCCUGUGGCUGCAGGAGGAUGCUCAGAGGGUCAGUCCAAGGGGAACCCUCUGUGACCCCAGGAGGAUGUCCAGGUCAUCUGGGAUGACCUCUCUGUAGCCUCAGGAAGAUGCUCAGAGGGUCAGUUCAGAGGGCCCCUCUGUGACCCUGGGAUGAUGUCCAGAAGAUCAUUUGGGAUGACCCUCCUGUGGCUGCAGGAGGAUGCUCAGAGGGUCAGUCCAAGGGGAACCCUUUGUGGCCCUGGGAUGAUGUCCAGAAGAUCAUUUGGGGUGACCUUCCUGUGGCUCUAGGAGGAUGCUCAGAGGGUCACUGCAGGGCCCCCACUGCCUGAGGCUCCAGGAGGAUGCCAAGCCCGGGCUCUGCUGCCCUGCCCUGCCCUGCAGUCCCAUUUCCAGGUCCCCUGGAGAUGCCACUCACCGGUGCCACAGGAGCUGUCACAAAGAGAUGCCAAUCCCUGGGUGACGUGUGGGGCUGUGGGGUCACCCCCCAUCCAACAGAUGUCCCAAAUCCCCCCUCCCCAGAGACAGUAGUGUGCAAUGUGUGUGCGAGUCGUGGCUCUGCCAAGCAGCCGAGCUCUGCUUCCAGUGUCGCUUUGGGCCAGCCGUGUUCAGUCCUGGUUAGAGUAGUGACCCCUCUGUCCCCACCGCGCUGCGCCAGCUGCUUCCUUCUCCCGGAGUCAGGAACCGUGGCUUGCCUUCGGGCGAGGUCUCGUUCCCCUCGGUAAUUCCCGAAGUGAGAGAUCCCGUUCUCCACCCUCGUGUUUUGGGGCGUGGGGAGCACUCCGGAGCGCGGGGCUGCUCCGGGAGCACCAGCCCAGCAGGAAUCCCGGCAGGGGAUGUCCUACACUGCCUUUUUUUCUCUCUCCAUGGAUUUCAAUCCCCCUGCCCCGCUCACCCGCUCCAUCCCCGCGCUCCGCCGGGCGGGGAAGCUGCAGCGGGGCCGCGCUGUCCCGAAUCCCCCGGGCUGUGUUCACACUGCGUGAUGUUCGAUGUCUUAGCGCUCCUGGCACCGCCGCCCUGGGCACCUCGUGGCCCGGUGCCCACCCCGGGGGAGGCUGCAGGGGCUGGGGGCGCGAGUUUAGCCACCAAAGACCAUGACCCUCCACUCUUGCACUCACGGCAGUCCAUGUACAGAGCUUGUAGUUUUCAUAUUCGCAGAGAAAUUUAAGAGCAGUUUUUUUAUUUUUUGGUCGUUGUACAUAAUGGGUUUAAAUAAUAAAGAGAGAUUCUGAGCUGG